AUGGACCAACUUUUGGACUUGGAACAACUCAACAAACUGACUCCAGAUCAACAGGAGAAGGUAAUUCAAGGAGUUCGUCAACAAGCUGCCAUCGUGCAUGCUCAAAGCUUGAUAUCUGUAAGUUUUUAUAUUUGUUUUUCUGGUUUAGGAGCCAUAAAUCAUUGAGAAAGGGCUUGGAUUUAUUUUGCCCGUUUUGAUGAGUAGAAGAAACGUAAAUAUAUUCAGUUCCUGAACGAAUACCUUCAAAUAACUAGCUGACUACUGACGUGUAAUUAUUAUAACUUUAGGAUUUGUCAGAUAAAUGUAUUGCCAAGUGUAUUCCAACACCUGGCAGCUCGUUAUCAGGAUCCGAAAAACAAUGCCUUCAAAGAUGUAUGGACAGGUUCGUGGAAAGCUGGAAUCUAGUCUCACAAACUCUCCAGAAGCGUCUCCAAGCAGAGUUGGCGGCUAAUCAUGGUCAAACUAGCUUUGGGUCUGGUGGCUACGGAGAAGGACCUUCAUUCUCGUAA